AUGGAGCACUGUUCACUUUCAGUAAACUUGAAAACCAUGUUACGGUCGCACGGUCGAGGGUCAAGUAUAUCCCUUCCGACUGUUGCUCUCCCUUCCGCCGUCGCUCUCCCUUCCGCCCGUCGCCCUUCUUUCCCCCUCGUCGCCCUGCCUUCCGUCCGUCGCCCACCCUUGUUCCCGUCGCCCUCCCUUCCCGUCGCCCUCCCUUCCCGUCGCCCUCCCUUCCCGUCGCCUUCCCUUCCCGUCGCCCGCGCUUCUUCCCGUCGCCCUCCCUUCCCGUCGCCCUCCCUUCCCGUCGCCCUCCCUUCCCGUCGCCCUCCCUUCCCGUCGCCCUCCCUUCCCGUCGCCCUCCCUUCCCGUCGCCCUCCCUUCCCGUCGCCCUCCCUUCCCGUCGCCCUCCCUUCCCGUCGCCCUCCCUUCCCGUCGCCCUCCCUUCCCGUCGCCCUCCCUUCCCGUCGCCCUCCCUUCCCGUCGCCCUCCCUUCCCGUCGCCCUCCCUUCCCGUCGCCCUCCCUUCCCGUCGCCCUCCCUUCCCGUCGCCCUCGCUUUCCCCGUCGCCCUGCCAUCCACUCCCCGUCGCCCUCGCCUUCCCUCCCGUCUCCCUUCCCAUCUCGCACACUUGUCACCCUCCCUUUUCUCUCCCUACUCCCUCUUUUCCCUCCCUCCAAUAAUCGCCUUCCUUCCCCCAACUUAUACCCCUUCCCUGCUUCCCCCCAUCCCCUGCCCUGCUUCCCCCCAUCCUCUUCAUUCUUUCCCCGUAUCCCCAGCCCUGCUUCCCCCCAUCCCCUUCCCUGCUUCCCCCCAUCUCCUUCCCUUCUUCCCCCCAUCUCCGUCCCUGCUUCCCCCCAUCCCCCUCCCUGCUUCCCCCCAUACCCCUUCCCUGCUUCCCCCCAUCCCCUUCCCUGCUUCCCCCCAUCCCCUUCCCUGCUUCCCCCCAUCCCUUUCCCCGCUUGCCCCCAUCCCCUUCCCUGCUUCCCCCCAUCCCCUUCUCUGCUUCCCCCCAUCCCCUUCCCUGCUUCCCCCCAUCCCCUUCCCUGCUUCCCCCCAUCCCUUUCCCCUCUUGCCCCCAUCCCCUUCCCUGCUUCCCCCCAUCCCCUUCUCUGCUUCCCCCCAUCCCCUUCCCUGCUUCCCCCCAUCCCCUUCCCUGCUUCCCCCCAUCCCCUUCCCUGCUUCCCCAUGUCCCCUUCCCUGCUUUCCUCCAUCCCCUUCCCUGCUUCCCCAUGUCCCCUUCCCUGCUUGCCCCCAUCCCCUUCCCUGCUCCCCCAUGUCCCCUUCCCUGCUUCCCCCCAUCCCCCUCCCUGCUUUCCCCCAUCCCCUUCCCUGCUUCCCCAUGUCCCCUUCCCUGCUUCCCCCCAUCCCCUUCCCUGCUUCCCCAUGUUCCCUUCCCUGCUUGCCCCCAUCCCCUUCCCUGCUCCCCCAUGUCCCCUUCCCUGCUUUCCCCCAUCCCCCUCCCUGCUUCCCCCCAUCCCCUUCCGUGCUUUUCCCCCUCCCGUUUCCAUCGCUUUCCCCCUCCCGUCGCCCUCGCUCUCCCCCUCCCGUCGACCUCGCUUUCCCCCUGCUCACCCCCAUUCCCCCUGCUCACUCUCUUUCCCUCUGCUCACUCUCUUCCCCCUUUCUCACUCUGCCCCCCCUUCCUCACUCUGUUUCCCCCUGCUCACUCUCUCCUCCUCACUCUAUUCCCCCCUGCUCUAUUCCCCCUGCUCUGUUCCACCCUGCUCACUCUCUCCUCCUCACUCUAUUCCCCCCUGCUCUAUUCCCCCUGCUCUGUUCCACCCUGCUCACUCUCUCCUCCUCACUCUAA